AAAUCCAACCCCACACACCACACCACACCACACCCCCACACCCCUCUCCUCUCUCUCUCAUCGCCCACAGACACCAUAUAUAGGACCUACGAUAAAAAAAAUACUAUAUAACCCUAACAUCAAUACCAACCCAAAACCCCUCUUCCUCUCUUUCUCUCUUCAUUCCUAAAACAAAAUCUCUUUCAAAAUAUCAAAAUCUCAUUAAAACCCUAAAUACUAUUCCUCAUAUUACUCAUUGAUUAAAUUUAGUUAAAGUUUAAAAACUUCUUGUAUAACUAUAUAAGUCUCUUGUAAUAGGCUAGUACUUUAAACGAAUCGAAGUGACAAAAGCUGAACAGAAAAAAUGCCUCCAAAUCCACCGAAGUCUUCUAUGCUAGUCCACCGGAUCAACCACACCGCUACCACCGGUGGUGUGGCCACUGUCACCGGAUGCAAUCAUCUUAAGAAGAAUUCUUCACCGGCCGUCGUCAUCCCUGACGCUGUGGCGAGAUACCACACGCAUGCUGUGGCGGCAAACCAGUGCUGCUCAGCGGUGGUGCAGGAGAUCGCCGCGCCGGUUUCCGCCGUAUGGUCCGUCGUCCGCCGCCGCGAACUACCGAUCCGUUACUACGCUUCAUUCCUCCGGCGGCGGAGAUUCCUCCGGCGCCGGCACGGUGGUUGUGGAAUCCUACGUAGUGGAUGUGCCUCCGGGGAACACAAAAGAAGACACGUGCGUUUUUGUGGACACAAUCGUAAAAUGCAACCUUCAAUCUUUGGCGCAUAUCGCUGAGAAUUUAACAAGACGAAACUGCAUCAACAACAAUAACACCAAGUUCUGUACCUAAUUUUUUUUUUUCCCUUAAUUUUUAAUUUUUGCAUUUUUAAUUUAUAGGGGAUAUUAUUAUUUCUUGUUACAGCUAAGUUAGUUGGUGACUCUCUAAAGUAUAAUCCCCUAACAUUAUUGCUACAUGUAAAGUUGAUGAUCUACAAAAUCAACCAAUUUUGGGUUGGUGUAAUUGUUGAUUAAGUGAUAUGAUGAAAUAUGAAUAUAAUUUGUGAAUAUUGGUUUGA